AUGUCUGCUAGGCUAGGAAAACCAGAAGGAAGGGUGUCGGUCGAUGGCAUCUCGCAGCCAUAUUUCGGCCCGCAAGACACACUCACUGGCAAGAUCACAUUGCGCUAUCUUCCAUAUUCCAGCAUCUUCAAAAAGAACGUCGAGACCGCGGCGCUGUUUGGACCACUGAAACUCAGCAUCAUCCUCGCUGCUCGCAUCAGACUGAGGAUCAGAAGGGAACGAUCUCACGCCCUUCCCACCAACCACGAUGCGCAUCUUUUCGCUACAAAGUUCCCAGUCUACAACGGAAGUUUGGAGGCAGAAGUCGGCAAAGAGCAUACCUUCGCCUUCACAGCUCAGUUUCCUCGCUCCAUCGAGGCAUUGCCCCCAACGUUCUCACUUUUAUUCCACCAGGUCCCCGAUAUCGUUGAUGUGGCUGUACAAUAUCGUUUGAUGGCAGAGAUCGACAUGCCUGGAAUAGCGAUUGAGACGUUAGCUGCACCUCUUGAGAUCAAGUUCGAUGUUGCUCGGCCAUCGAUGACUUCAAUCGCCAGCAGUCGGACUGCACUCAAACUUCGCACGAAAGUUCAAAAUCAGCAUCUCCUUCCUAGUGACCAGCAGCCCCAGGGUUUCAAAGGCAAAGCCAGGGCAAUCUUCACGCCCAGUGAGCAGUUCCCGGCAUUCGUUCUGGAAAUCUUCUGCACCGAGCACAAACACAUUUACCCCGGUCAGCAGAUGAAGUUUGAAGUCACACUCAGGCGGGACGAUAGUGAGACUACGGCGCCUGCUGUUCCUGACAUCACGCUGGACAGUUUCAAAGCUGAUCUCAAAAGUGCAACUGUAGUUGAUGGAUCGCAGCGGAUUAUGGGGCCUGCCGUCAUCAUCGACAAGACUUACGCACAAAGCCUGGAGUGCAAGACACAAUUGCCAAUCAACUUCUCGAAAAGCAACGACUAUUCCACAUAUGUUGUCACCAUUCCCCUGAAAAAUCAUGCAAGCUCGUUCAAGCAUCCAAAGCUCUCGCGAGUAUACAGUCUGAAGAUUACGAUGCAAUUCACAGUUGCGAAGAAAAGCGUGAGGCUCUCAAAGGAAUCACCAGUAACAAUGGUGCCUCGGCCGACCGACGACAAUGAUCCACCUGUGGCUGGUCCAUCGCGGAGGGUCGUUGGCGAUGUCGAAGACGAGGAUCUGCCUGUGUACGAGGAAGCACCUGCGUACACAGUAGCGAAUGCGACUUGA